UGAAGGAGGGGAAGCGUGUGCUGUGUAGAUGAGCAGGGACUGGAGUCGCUGUGCAUGGUUCGGGAGCUGGGUGCCUGACCUCAGCAGCUCAUUGUCUUCAACAGUGCUGGAGCAGGAGAGCUUUCCUCUUUUCAUCUGCCUUUGUGCUGAAGAAGGUGGUGUGAACACUCUCUGACCAGGAGGAAUCAUAACCGGGAUCCCCAGCAGCAAGCACGCCCUACGAGGCCGUAGCUGGAACUGCUUCACUGCAGUAAGGAGUAUUCUCGAGUGCUGGGGCCUGGAGCCAAUGGCAGACAAUGUCAACAACUAACAACAUAGCGCAGGCCCGCAAGCUGGUGGAGCAGCUCCGCAUCGAAGCUGGCAUCGAGAGGAUCAAGGUCUCGAAAGCAUCCUCUGAGCUAAUGAAUUACUGCGAGCAACACGCCAGGAAUGACCCGCUGCUGGUUGGAGUGCCCGCUUCGGAGAAUCCUUUUAAGGACAAAAAGCCUUGUAUCAUCCUAUAGCUUUGCUCGCUGUGGCGUGUGGGAUCUCUCAGGCAGGGCACUGUUCUCCAUCAACUGAAACCAAGAUACAAACUUAUAACUGUG